AGAGAGAGAAGGAGCUACGUUCAAGAUUUACGAGUCUGCUCGUUGGUUAAGCGCGGACCAAUUAGGCGAAUGCAGUUUUCGGCACCUUCAUUCUCGUCGAUGAUUUACGCAUAAUUUGUCGUCGCCCGUCGUUUUAGCGCGUCGUUCGUAAUUUCGAAUUUCGACACGAUCCUCCGUCUUACGAAAUUCCGCCGCGACGCGACGCGACGCGACGCGACGCGACGCAUAAUUCGAUUUACGUUUCGUUUCAUUUUCCGUUUCAUUUACGUCAUUUCCUCGCGUAUCGAUUUAAGCGUCAUUUGCGCGCACACAGUCGCGAAAAGCUUGUCUCUCGUCCGUCCGGUCCCGCGCGAUAAAUUCCUUGACGAAUUUAGAGCGAACGAGCGACGGACGCUCGGGACGCUGCGAGCGCUUUCUUUCGCAAUGCGCCCUGGAAUUUUCUCUAUUGUGCUUUGUUUCGAUGCCCGAGACAGACAAAAGAACACGCGAUAACCAUGCUGGACCUCUUCGCACCUAUUAAAUGCCUCCUGCAGGAAGAAUCCGUUCGCGUCGACAAUGUCGUCUUCAGGCUGCACUCGCGCGUCACCGUUCUCCUGCUGCUCGUUUGCACGAUCCUCGUAACUGCCAAGCAGUACAUCGGCGAACCGAUUUCUUGCAUGACCGAUGCGUCCAUCGACAGAGAACCCGUAAACGCGUAUUGCUGGAUCUACAGCACGUUCACGGUAUCCCGACACCUGAAAGGUACUCCUGGACGGGGUGUAGCGAGUGCUGGUGUAGGACAGGCGCUUCCAGGUGACGAAGCCCGUCAUCAUCGAUAUUAUCAAUGGGUCUGCUUCGUUCUUGGCUUACAAGCCAUCUUUUUUUACGUGCCGCGCGCGUUAUGGGGCAUCUGGGAGAGAGACACCAUAGGCCUUCUCUCGCGUGAUCUCGCGUCUCCCUUCUUGAGAGACGUCUGGACCGAGGAGAGGAAGCAGCAGCUCGUCGAGUAUUUCACCAAGACGAAUCUGCACGAUCACAACUUCUACGCCAUGCGCUUCUUCGUGUGCGAGCUCUUGAACUUCUUAAAUUCGAUAGGACAGAUAUAUCUGUUGGAUAUAUUUCUGGAGGGACAGUUUAGGCGGUACGGGCCCCUGGUAAGCGCAUUUCUCGCGGAGGAAAAACCUUACGACAGGAUCGACCCCAUGGCGAGAUUGUUUCCGAAGGUGACCAAGUGCACGAUUCACACAUUCGGGCCCGCGGGUUCCGUGCAAACUCACGACGCUCUGUGCGUACUUCCGCUAAACGUGGUGAACGAAAAGAUCUUCGUCGUUCUCUGGUUCUGGCUGGUCUUUCUCGCGAGUGUCGGUUGCCUGGCGGUAAUUUAUAGGAUCGUAAUUUUCUCUCAACCUUGGGCGAGAAUAUAUCUUUUACGAGGUACAGUUCGCAGGCUCGAAAAAUUAAAGGCCGAGCGCAUCGUACGAGUAUUCCAUUUCGGUGAUUGGUUUCUGUUGCAUCAACUCGCGCAGAACGUCAAUCCUGUCGUGUACAUGGAGCUGGUUAACGAGAUAGCGAGAGCCUUUACGACCAAGAGUUUCGCGGACUUCAUUUAGAUCUCCUCAACCUCGCCUAAGUAGCAUUACGCGGAAUUCAAUUUACGAAGCUCAAAAUGUUCUUAUAAGAUAUAAACGUUCGAUGGGUAUUUUGGUAUCAGAUAUCUCCUAAUAAAACAAAGAUAAAUGUUUAAAAAAAAAUGUACUGUAUAAUUUCAAUAAAAGCGAUUAAAAUCUUGUAAACAAAAUUCUUGAAAAAUUUAU